CUUUUCUGAUAAAACUGACAAUAUGAACAAAGAUAGAUAAUAAUUUAUUGAACAUCAACCUGAAGACUACUAUAAAACAGUAGACAUGAUUAUUACUAUCGGUAGUGCAGAGUGAGGCAUCUUCAAAGAUGCGUACAGUGUUAGUGCUAGUAGCUGUCGUGGCCGCUGUGACGGCGUUGCCGACUGAAAUACCAGAGCCGGCGCAACUGGCUUUGGUUCUCGGCGAAGAAGAGUUUGAAGACUAUCUUGAUGCUUGGCUAGAGCUUGAACAGAACCGAGCUGCUAAUUAUUCUAAUGUUGAAGCUGGUCCUAGAAGCGGAUGUACGUUCAGAGUAAAUGGUGAUCUCGGUCAACCACAGCCGGUGUACAUCCGAGGCAACAGAUUUAUGGCUCCCAACGGCAACACUGGUCAAAUUCGUCUCAACACUGGUGAACAAGUAGUGAUUGCUUGUACAGGCUCCGGAAGAGCUAUUCGACAUCCUAAUAUUGCUGCUUCAAGGAAUGUUGCAACAGCAACCUGUGUGAGCAACAACCUCGUCUCCGGUGCUGGUUGGUUGAAUGGGAACGGAGCUUUUGGUCAGCUUACAUGUUCAGCACACUCAAACGAAGAGGCUCAAUGGACUAGCACGCGUUGCUGGAAUAACAAUUUGGUUAUUCGUGUCGGUUUCAUCGUCAACAAUGUUUUCUACCCACUGUACUGGUCUUGUUUCAACCAAAAUCGUCUAGAAGUAUUGUAUGUCUGGUAUGAUCAGACUCGUGAGAAUGCUGUUCACCAAACUGGCGUAGACAGACCUAACUGGCAAGCUGGAAACUUCUUUCCCGGUGUUGCUGUCAACACCAUGUAUACUCAAAACAACCAGCGGACUGUCGUUACGCGAUAUGUUGGAGCGAAUUUAGCUAACCGCUAUAUUACUAACCACCAGUUUAUGUCUCGUGGUCAUCUUGCUGCUAAGAGUGACUACGUCUUCGCUACCGGUCAAAGAGCCACUUUCUACUUCAUCAACGCUGCUCCUCAAUGGCAGCCAUUCAAUGCUGGUAACUGGAACUCACUGGAACAGAACCUCCGCGCUCGUAUUGGAGCUGCCGGCUACAACACCGUUAUCUACACUGGAACUUUCGGCGUGACCCAGCUGCGUGACCAGAACAACCGCUUUGUCGACAUCUACUUGGUACCUGAACGCAACCAGAUCCCUGUACCACUUUACUUCUACAAGGUGGCAUAUGAUGCAUCUCGGAGACUCGGUACUGCAUUCAUUAGUAUUAACAACCCUUACUACACGUUGGCGGAGUGUCGCGCUCGUCAGUUCUGCACGGACCGCUGCCGCAACAACAGUGCGUUCAACUGGCUCCGUUGGCAGCCUGACCGCAUCGACAUCGGAUACAGUUUCUGCUGCACCGUCGAUGACUUCAGAAGAACUAUUCCUCACCUGCCUUCUUUCUCAACCAAUGGACUUCUAACAUAAACCGCUACAACAAUGACUUCUACUCUAUUUUACUACGUGCGUUAAAUAAAGAGAGAAAGAGACAGAGAGAAAAACAAAUGAAAUAAAAAUGAAUGAAAUGAUUAUGAUCAGUAUUUCACAAUUAUUGCGCUUUGUAAAAUUAAUCCUCAUUUCAAAAUUAUUAUCACGAUACAGAUAAGUGUACCUAAUUAACAUUGGGAAUUAACAAAAUAUAAGUAAAACUGUAUAUCUAGAGGUAUAGGUAUAUAAAUCCUUAA